CCUCGAAAAAUGGCGAUUGUUGCAGUUAUUGUUCUUAUUAUCCUGUGCAUGUUAAUAAUCCUUGGUGCUGGUCUCAAUGCCAUCCUCUUUUUCUUGGGUCCAUUCGCUGCAACCUCACCAGCAGCAACAACAGUCCAACCGUAUGUACCUGUCACUCCUAGACCAGUAAUGGCUGUAGUUGUUGGAGUAGAACUGGACGCAACAGUGAAGUUAUCGAAUCGAGCCUUUGUUCCUGCCUACAACAACGACUUAUCGCCUCAAUACCAAGAGCUUUCUCAAACCUUCACAAACACGAUGGAUGCAGUGUUUUUGAACAGCGAUCUAAGUGACAUCUACAAUGGUACAGUUGUCAACGGAUUCACUCAAGGGAGUGUCAUCGUGAACUUCACCAUCAACCUGAUACGAGCGCCGACAGCGCCGACAGUCACGGGUUCGACGACGCUGUCAUCGGGUGUCGGGAGCAUCGAUGACCAGAUCAACUCGGUCAGAGGACAGGUCGAAGUCUCCAUUAAGGAGAUCAUUCAGAUUGCCGACGACAAUGGCGACCUCACCACACUCGGGGUCGAUUCGACGACACUUUCGGUGACAGAUGUUUUUGUUGACGUCGAAACAACAGCAGUCACUGAAACACCCGCAACAACGAUUGCUCCUUCCACAAAAACUCCAGAUGAAGAACCUCCUGUCCUUGUCUGUCCCGACGAUGUCACGGCAGAGACAGAGGCUGGGGCAGCUUUUGGGAUCAUAUCCUGGACUAGUCCAACGGCAACAGAUAACUCAGGAGAGGUUACAGUGGAAACAGAUUUUGUUCCGGGUCAGUUGCCUAUUGGAAGCCGCAACAUCACGGUCACUGCCACAGACGCUUCAGGGAAUACAGCAGAGUGUGUGAUUGUUGCAACAGUAGUUGACAUUGAGGCACCCAUUGCCAUCUGCCCUGUGGACAUCACUAGGAACACAGAUUUAGGACAGGCCUAUGCCACCAUAUCCUGGAGCAGCCCUCGAGGCACAGACAACUCGGGAACCAUAUCAAGCAUCAACGCAGAUCCCCGUGAAGGGCAGUUUGCGAUUGGUAGUCAUGUGAUCACUGUGACGGUGGUUGAUCCUGCAGGCCUGGAAGGCCAGUGCACCUUUGAUAUUGUGGUUCAAGAUAAUGAGGCACCAACAUUGGAAUGUCCUGCCACCAUUGAAGUAAGCACAGAUGUGGGUAGUCCCUCAUCCAUCGUCACCUGGACAGUCUUGGGCCAAGAUAACUCUGGCUCAGUAUCUAGUCUUUCAUCAUCACCGUCUUCUGGGGAAAGCUUUGCAAUCAGUACCACCACUGUCGUAGUCACAGCUCUUGAUCAAAGUGGCAAUAUGGGACAGUGCUCGUUCAAUGUUAUUGUGUUCGAUUCUGAACUGCCUGUCAUCACGUGCCCUGCCAGCAUAAUCCAAGCCACUGACCUGGGUAGCUCAUCUGCCACUGUCAUGUGGCAAGUCACUGCUGCAGAUAAUUCAGGGGAUCCCCCCACCAUUACAUCAUCACCCGAACCAGGCAUGCUUUCCUUCGGUACUCUCACUGUGGUCGCCAUGGCAAUAGAUUCAUCAGAAAACACAGCAUCAUGCAGCUUUACAGUCCAAAUCGUUGACGAAGAAGCACCAUCAAUCACAUGCCCAGACAACAUCACAGUUGCAACCGAUUUGGGCGCAUCUUCAGCAAUCAUCACAUGGGCUGGCCCAUUUGCGUCAGACAACACUGGUCAAGCGACUGCCGUGACGGACAUCUCAUUAGGCCUCUGGCCAAUAGGGAUCCAGACAGUUACUGGCACAGCAGUGGACGGGUCUGGCAAUGAGGCUCAGUGUACUUUCUGGGUGAAUGUUCAAGAUUUGGAGAAUCCAAUGGUUUUGUGCCCAGCAGACAUCACAAGUGAACUGGUACCAGACCCAGUCACAUGGGAUGCCACAGCUACUGAUAACUCAGAGAUGAUUGCUAAUCUCACCAGCAGUCCCUCUACAUCCGAUGUCGUCCUUGGGACAAACACAGUGACUGUGAUAGCCAUGGAUCCUUCAGGCAACAAGGCGGAGUGCUCUUUUGUGGUCAUUUUGACUGAUACCACUGCACCCACCAUCAUCUGUCCAGAUGAAGUCUCCAGCACUCUGGCUGCUGGACAAUCAAGCGUGACCCUAGCAUGGGUAGAACCUUCAGCCACAGACCUCUCUGGCGAUGUGACGGUCACCGCUUCACAUUCUCCUGGAGAUUAUAGCAUUGGUCAAGUCAAUGUGACGGCCAGUGCGACAGAUUCGUCUGGGAACCAAGCAAGUUGUUUCUUUCUUGUGACUGUCACAGAUAUGCAAGAUCCCAUGAUCAGCAGUUGUCCACCUUCCCAAUCAGUCAAUACCGAUAACGGAUUAGCCACUGCAGUGGUCAGUUGGACACCACCUACGGCCUCGGAUAACUCUGGUUCUGUGUCGCUGACCUCUGACUACAGCUCUGGGGAUCCCUUCCCUAUUGGAAGCACUCGGGUGACUUACACAGCCACUGAUGGCUCAGGCAAUUCAGUCAUGACGUGUACCUUUGAUAUAGCAGUGCAUGAUAAUGAGAAGCCAGUCAUAAGUGGAUGCCCAAGUGAUCAGAAUGUCACCACAGACUUUGGGAAUGCUACCGCUGUAGUAACCUGGACACCACCUACACCAACAGAUAACUCUGGUAACCAGACACUGACAUCCACUGACAAUCCUGGAGACUACUUUCCAACUGGAAACAACACAGUAACCUACUAUGCAAGCGAUGAUGCAGGAAAUACAGAAACAUGCACCUUCUUUGUAGUUGUGUCUGAUUUGGAGAAUCCAGUGGUUUUGUGCCCAGCAGACAUCACAAGUGAACUGGUAGCAGACCCAGUCACAUGGGAUGCCACAGCUACUGAUAACUCAGAGAUGAUUGCUAAUCUCACCAGCAGUCCCUCUACAUCAGAUGUCAUCCUUGGGACAAACACAGUGACUGUGAUAGCCAUGGAUCCUUCAGGCAACAAGGCGGAGUGCUCUUUUGUGGUCAUUUUGACUGAUACCACUGCACCCACCAUCACCUGUCCUGAUGAUGUCUCCGGCACUCUGGCUGCUGGACAAUCAAGCGUGACCCUAGCAUGGGUAGAACCUUCAGCCACAGACCUCUCUGGCGAUGUGACGGUCACCGCUUCACAUUCUCCUGGAGAUUAUAGCAUUGGUCAAGUCAAUGUGACGGCCAGUGCGACAGAUUCGUCUGGGAACCAAGCAAGCUGUUUCUUUCUUGUGACUGUCACAGAUAUGCAAGAUCCCAUGAUCAGCAGUUGUCCACCUUCCCAAUCAGUCAAUACCGAUAACGGAUUAGCCACUGCAGUGGUCAGUUGGACACCACCUACGGCCUCGGAUAACUCUGGUUCUGUGUCGCUGACCUCUGACUACAGCUCUUGGGAUCCCUUCCCUAUUGGAAGCACUCGGGUGACUUACACAGCCACUGAUGGCUCAGGCAAUUCAGUCAUGACGUGUACCUUUGAUAUAGCAGUGCAUGAUAAUGAGAAGCCAGUCAUAAGUGGAUGCCCAAGUGAUCAGAAUGUCACCACAGACUUUGGGAAUGCUACAACUGUAGUAACCUGGACACCACCUACAGCAACAGAUAACUCUGGUAACCAGGCACUGACAUCCUCUCACAAUCCUGGAGACUACUUUCCUCUUGGAAACAACACGGUAACCUUCUAUACAAACGAUGAUGCAGGAAAUACAGGAACAUGCACCUUCUUUGUAGUUGUAUCUGAUAAUGAGAAGCCAGUCAUCAGUGGAUGCCAAAGUGAUCAGAAUGUCACCACAAACUUUGGGAAUGCUACAGCUGUAGUGACCUGGACACCACCUACAGCAACAGAUAACUCUGGUAACCAGACACUGACAUCCUCUCACAAUCCUGGAGACUACUUUCCUAUCGGAAACAACACAGUAACCUACACAUCAACAGAUGGUGCAGGAAAUACAGAGACAUGCACCUUUAAUCUAGUUGUUACAGACCCAAUGGUUAAUAUAUCCCUCUUGGUUAAUGAAAUGUAUAAUCUGACAUCACCGGGGUAUCCAUCAAACUACGACAUCAACCUUAACCUCCAGUGGACUGUGUUAGCGCCCUCUGACUACCGUGUCAUGAUCUCCGUAACAGACUUCAGGUCAGAGGAUCUCUAUGAUUACCUCCACAUUGGUGGAGGAUUGACCUUUGACCCUGAUACGUGGAUGGUGCGGUUCUCUGGGACUCAUGACUCACAUACGGAGGUUCUACUACCAGGGAGAGAAGCUUGGAUUUUGUUCUUCAGCGAUUACAUUACUACGAAUGUAGGAUUCGUUCUUGAAAUUACAACUUCUAGUGAAGCAGCCGGUGAAUGUGGAGCAUCUUUUAUCUCCUGUCUAAAGAGAGAUGUCUGUAUUUCCAACUCGACUUCCUGUGAUGGGUCGCCUAUAUGCUUUAAUGGAUAUGAUGAGUGGAAUUGUGACCCAAGCUGUCCUUCUUCUGAUAUUCAGACAAUUUCCACCUCGAUGCCCUACUCUGUCAUUUCUGACAACUACCCAUUAGCCUACGGCAAUGACAUUGAGUGCAUAUGGGUACUCCAAGCAGAGGCUUACCACUCCCUCGUCAUCGACAUCCUAAACUUCUAUUUGGAAGAUGGCUACGACUUCUUCUACAUCGGGAUUGGCCACGAUCGAUCGGAGCGGGGUUCACUUGUCGUAAGGCUGACCGGAUAUAUUGCGUCAACAAGAUACUAUCUUGGGAUCGAGUCAUAUCUGUAUUUUUAUACUGAUUACUCAAUUGGAUACUCUGGGUUCGUUCUAAAUGUGACAUCCAUUCCAUUUGAAUUAACUGAGUCUUGUGAUGCAGACCAAAGAGUUCCAGUGGGAUCUGCUUGUGAUGGAGUUACUGAUUGUGUUGAUGAUUCAGAUGAAUUUGGAUGCGUGUGCCAAGACGAUCAAUUUCAGUGCAAUGGGAUUUGUCGCCCUCUUUCAAUCCUCUGUGAUGGAGUGAUAGAUUGCGAGGGUUUUUCGGAUGAGGAGGACUGUCCACGCUGUGAGCCAAUCAAGGAAAGCUCCUGCCUUGGCCUCCUUCCAUACUACCAGACCUACUACCCUAGCAGUCUGGCAGCCAUCAACCAGACACUUGCUAUUGAAAGUUUCAGUGUAUUGAGCACUGCUGCCACCACCUGCCACACUGAUGCAUCUCUCUUCCUCUGCGCCAUCCUCUUCCCGGAAUGCAUCCAUGAUGGGCCCACGGCCAGACCGUGCCAAACCACAUGUGAAGCUGUCAGGAGUGCAUGCUCGUCUGCUUUUGAGAGCUUGACUGGGUCUCCCUGGGCGAUUGCUUGCGAGGAGGAGUUCAGCAACGCUAGUCCUCUCAACGAUGGUUCUCUUGCUGAUGGUUUGCUCUGCAGAGGGCCAGAAGGAGACAUCACCAACACCAUGAUCUGUGGCACCAGGCCGGUCUUCAAUGAAACAGUUGAGAGGAUCGUUGGAGGCGAGGGCUCCGACCUAGGAGAGUGGCCUUGGAUUGGAUCACUAAGCCGGGGUGCUACCAAUCAUCAAUGCGGGGCAACCGUCAUCAGCAGAGAAUGGGCUAUUACUGCAGCACACUGUGUUGGAGCUUUUGACACCAUCACCGUCGGUAUCAUCAGCAUCUCGAACGGCAACACAUCGUACCAACACACAUCGUCGUUGGAGAUUACGUCUCAUCCAAACUUCACUAGCACUUCUGGUGGUGAUGACAUCGCUGUGCUCAAACUUGUGGAUCCCAUACCCGCGUUUAGUGAUUUCCUCAGACCCGCCUGCCUGGCCACGGUCGGGGAUGAGAUUAAUAACUAUAAGACUUGCUUCAUAGCAGGGUGGGGUGACACGACAGAGGGUGGAUCCAUUUCCAAUGACCUUCAGCAGGCUGUUGUAGGACUAAUACCAGAUGAGUAUUGUGGCAGUGCCUACCGGAGCUUCAGGGCCGACUCCAUGAUAUGUGCUGGCUAUCAUGCCGGUGGCGUUGAUACAUGUCAAGGUGAUAGUGGAGGUCCAUUGAUGUGUGAAGGUGAAGACGGGAGGUGGCAUCUUGUCGGCAUCACAAGUUUUGGCGACGGGUGUGCACGUCCCAACAAGCCAGGAAUAUAUACCAGGGUCUCUCAAUUCAUUGAUUUCAUCAACUCAGUAGUUACUGCAUUAGCUGCAUAA